UCUAUAAAAAAAAAAAAAAAAGAAAACAUGGCUAAUUAGAUAAGACAGUGGCUUUGCAAUUGGAAGGGUAGAAACGAAUUUCUUCAGCCGAAAAUAAGAAAGAAAAGAGAAAAAGUGAUGAGUUGCCAUGUCUUGUAUGCUACCAGUAUGAGUAUGAAGCCCCGAUUUGGAAAUGGGGAAUCGCAAACCCGAAGGCCCCGCCCUUUUUCCCACACGUUUCCUUACUACUACGGGGUUAAACAUUUUCCCGGAGAUGGAGAUCGUAGCAUUUCAAAACGGCGCCGUAUAUGCCCAUCUGCGGUGUCCCUGGAGCUCCCGCUUCUUCCCUUCAACAUGAACGAGGUGCUUGUUCCCUCGGAAAGCAAAACACUGCAUCUGUAUGAAGCCAGAUAUCUAGCUCUAUUGGAGGAGUCUUUAUUAAGAAAGAAACUCUUCGUGCAUUUUGUGUUGGAUCCAAUCGCCAUUAGCAAUUCACGUGGUGAAGCAUCAUUUGCUGCUAGAUAUGGUUGUCUAGUUCUCAUAGAAAAUAUUGAACAAUUAGAUGUUGGAGCAUUGGUCUCUAUAAGAGGAAUUGGUCGUGUGAAGAUUAUAAAAUUCUUACAAGCAGAUCCUUACUUGAAAGGUGAGGUCAGACCACAGCAGGACAUGGUUCUGGACAGCACAACUAAUAUAACCUCAAAAGUUUUGCAAGUAAAGGAGGCACUUCACAGUUUGAAUAAAUUGGAAAUUAAGCUGAAGGCUCCAAAAGGGGCACCAUUGCAGACUUCUUGUUUGAACUCUCUAACGUGGGCUGAAAAUGAACUAUCCCUAGAAUGUGACAAAGAUUUUGUCCCAUCUUCUGCCGAGCGUGUAUCCUUUGCAGCAUUUCAGCCUGUCUCUGGAUCGACUCAAUCUGAACUGCUAAAGUUGCAGGAAGAGAAGUUGAAGGCAAUGAAGCUGAAGGAUACAGUGCAACGGUUAGAUAUUUCAUUAGAACUAAUCAAAGAAAGUACCUCUACGGUUGCAGCCAAGCUUGCUAUUCAAUCGUUGGAGAUGCAGUGAGCUAUGUUAGAGAGGGAGAGAAGGAAGUCUAUGCAGAUACAGCCCAUGUGGACGAAAGUGCUAUUUUCCCACCAAUUCUUGAUGUUGUAUUCUCCUUUUCUUUCUGAUUUAUUCUUUGUAUUAUUAGGGGAUUAAUCUUACAAAUGAAUGCACAUAUCCAUUCUAAGCUGCAGCAGGUUGCAAAUGGAUGGGAAUGGUAGUGGAAAGGGGCUUAUAUGGGUAGGGUCUGAGACUGUGAAUGCAACCUCUAAAAGAUUCUUUAGCUUCUAGAGAAAUGCAGCUUGAAAGGCAUCUAAUUUCCCCAAUCAAAGGUAGUGAAUUUUUUAUACAAAUCACUAAUGGUGCUGAUUCUUAUGCAAGUACUUGCUCAGUUUGGAAAGUCAUGUGAUUCAUUAUUGUACCAGAUUGUUUUAUGGAUAAUGGAAAAUAUAAAAUUUUUUAUUUA